CCUUUCCUCCGUCUGUAAUGAAACAAGAUUUUUAAACAGCUAAAAUAGCCUUUUUCCCCCAUCUCUCCGUUAGAAAGUAAAUAUAGAAGAAAUGCAUUUUUUUGGAUUACUAGCUGCACUGUCUGUUUUCAACAUCAUUGCCUGUUUGACAAGAGGCAGGCCUUUGGAAGGCUGGGACAAGUUAUCAACUAUGGGAAAGUCUGAUGCACACUUUCAUGAUCGGGGAGAAGUGGAAGAUGAGACUCAUUUUGACUUUAAAUCUUUCCUGGAGAAUAUGAAGACAGAUUUAUUAAGGAAUUUGAAUUUGUCAAGAGUCCCCUCACAAGUGAAGACCAAAGAAGAACCACCACAGUUCAUGAUUGAUUUAUAUAACAGAUAUACUGCAGACAAGUCCUCCAUCCCUGCAUCAAAUAUUGUAAGGAGCUUCAAUGCUGAAGAUGUUAUUUCUUUAGCUUCAGCAGAAGAAAAUGCAUUUCAGAAAUACAUCUUGCUCUUCAACAUCUCUAUUCCACGAUACGAGGAAAUCACCAGAGCUGAGCUGAGAAUUCAUAUCUCCUGUAACAGGGAAGUUGGGUCUCUCUCUAGGCUGAAAGGCAACAUGGUCAUUUAUGAUGUUCUAGAUGGUGACCACUGGGAAAACCCAGAAAGUGCCAAAUCCUUCCUUGUCUCUCGCAAUAUCAAGGAUUGUGGUUGGGAGAUGUUUGAAGUGUCCAGUGCUGUGAAAAGAUGGGUCAAGGCAGACAAACUGAAGACUAAAAACAAGUUAGAGGUUGUUACAGAAAGUAAGGCUCUAGGUGGUUUCACCUGUGGCAAGCUGGAUAUCAGUGUUACCCCUGACACUAAAAAUCUGCCCCUUUUAAUAGUGUUCUCCAAUAAUCGCAGCAAUGGGACAAAAGAGACCAAAGUGGAGCUCCGGGAGAUGAUUGUUCAUGAACAAGAAAGUGUGCUAAAAAAAUUAGGACAAAACAACACGUUAACUGAAGAGGAAGAACCGGGAGAGAAAAAGGCCAUCACUGGGUCUUACCAGCAUUCUUCCAGAAGCAAGAGAAGUAUUGGAACCAACCACUGCCGGAGAACUUCCCUCCAUGUGAAUUUUGAAGAGAUUGGCUGGGAUUCCUGGAUCAUAGCACCAAAAGAUUAUGAAGCAUUUGAGUGUAAAGGAGGUUGUUUCUUCCCUCUGACAGAUAACGUUACCCCCACAAAACAUGCUAUUGUCCAAACUCUGGUGCAUCUCCAAAACCCAAAAAAAGCUUCCAAAGCCUGUUGUGUUCCAACCAAAUUGGAUUCAAUCUCCAUUCUUUAUAAGGAUGAUGCUGGUGUGCCCACUUUGAUAUACAACUAUGAAGGGAUGAAAGUGGCAGAAUGUGGCUGCAGGUAGUAUAAAAGGCAGAAUCUCUAUGAAUAAGAAUACCUUCUUUCCUGCUCUGUGUAAAUCUGUACACUAGUGAUGGAAAUGAAAAUCUUUGCAAACAAGGUUUGGAGUAGGGCUGGUUCUUGCUGUUGUGGCUGCUUGUUUUAAAGGAAAAUGGCAUUUAAAGAAUGGCAAUCAUUGAUAAUAGCCUGCACUAUAUAUCAUGGCAAAAUGAAUAAUGAAUUAAAAUAUUGUGAGAUUG